CUUCUUCUUAGUAUGAGCAGUACUCACUGUUUUUUCAUCUCACAAGUUCAGAAAUGAAGCUACAUAGCUUUCUUCUUCUUCUUCUGUGUCUGGUUUUACUGACGUACACUGACGUCAAUGCGCAGCAGUCGCCGGGGCCGAUGCAGACCAACGGCUAUGCCUACCUCGAGAACUUCAACUCCUCGAUGGCCCUGGUCAUCGUGUUCCUCGUGUGCGCCUUCUUCAUCGUCGGAUUCUUUUCCAUCUACAUUCGCCGUUGCGCCGAGACGCACAUCGCCAACGCCGGCGGGUCCCUCGGCGCAGCGGCCGCUAUUGGAAUGGCAGGACGACGCCGAGGCGUGGACCCGGCUGUGAUUGAGAAGUUUCCGAUGUUCGUCUACUCCGACGUCAAGGAUCUCAAGAUUGGCAAAGGGACUCUGGAGUGCGCGGUGUGCUUGAGCGAGUUUGAGGACUACGAAACGCUGCGAUUGCUGCCGAAAUGCCACCACGUAUUCCAUCCCGACUGCAUCGACGCGUGGUUGGCCUCGCACAUCACGUGUCCGGUUUGCCGCGCAAAGCUGACGCCCGACUCAAAUCACCCGCUUUCCGAGCCAAAUAACAAUUCGAAUCACCAAGAAAGUGCCGGUACAAAUGAAAUUAGUGAUGAUCAGCAACAGAACGACGCGCUUGUUGUGAAUGUAAGUGAAAAUCAGAGCAGCGAAGCGAUUGAGAUAGAGAACCGUCCGGCGAGAUCUGGAAUAUUCGGGAAGUUUCCAAGGUCACACUCGACGGGUCACUCGGUAGUUCAACCGGGAGAGAACACGGAGCGGUACACGUUGAGACUGCCGGAUUCAGUGAGGAGGCAGCUGGUUUCGAGCCGGAACAAUAAGCUCAAGCGGUCGAGUAGCUACGACGUCGUUCUGCCGCGGCUUGGAAGUUCAAGAAAAGGCUAUAGAUACGGUGGCGAAGGGAGUAGUAGCAGUACUAAAGGGAAAAUUAGUCUUGAUCAUCAAACCGGGCGGUUCGACCCGUGGGUGUUGUUGAAAACGCCACCGUUCUUUGGUAGGGGUGGUGGUUCCUUUAAGUCUCCUAAGAAUGGUGUUGACGGAGAUGGGUUGUUUGUAAAGCCUUUGUUAACGCCGGUGAAAAUUUCGUUAGAUUGUCAGAAUGUCAAAGCCAACAGGUCUCAAGAACCGCUGUCUCGGCCUCCGGUUUGAUUUUCUUUUUUUUUGUCCGUAAUAUUUUGUAAAUACUAAUUAGUAUCUUCUUCAUUGGUGCUCUUUUUUUUUUGCCGAUGACUUUCUUCAUUGGUACUUGGUUUCAAUCUUGGAACAGGGUUAGAGAUUAAUUUGUGCCUCAA